GCGGCAGCAGGUGGCCCCGGACUUCCCGCCGUCGCCGCUGCCCCGGCGGGCCGCGCGCGCCGUCGCGCUCCAGAGCCGUCUGGGCUACCCUCGCCGGACAGGAUGGAGGCGGACGGGGACCGGGAGGAGCUGUCUCACCUGCGCUCGGUCUUCGCUGCCUGCGACGCGAACCGCUCGGGGCGCCUGGAGCGCGAGGAGUUCGGCGCGCUGUGUGCGGAGCUGCGCGUGCGGCCGGCCGACGCCGAGGCCGUGUUCCAGCGGCUAGACGCUGACCGCGACGGUGCCAUCACCUUCCAGGAGUUUGCGCGCGGCUUCAGUGGGUUCCGCCGCGGGGGGCGGUGCCGAGGCUGGGCUCCCCGGGACCCCGCGCCCGCCUCAGCCCAGGCGGGGCCCGACUUCGAGGACAGCGAAGAGGACGAGGGCGACGGGGACGCGCUGGCAGCCCCCUGGGGUCGGGCGAGUCCGGGCCAGGCUUGGCAGGACUUCCAGGCGCGACUUGGAGACGAGGCCAAAUUCAUCCCCAGAAAAGAGCAAGUUAGUACCUUAUAUCUAAACAUCAACCUUGUGGAGCCAAGACUAAUUCAGCCAUACGAACACGUUAUAAGGAACUUUAUCCGCGAGAUCAAACUGCAGAGCACAGAAAUGGAAAACCUGGCCAUUGCGGUGAAGAGAGCCCAGGACAAGGCAGCCAUGCAGUUGAGUGAGCUGGAGGAGGAAAUGGAUCAGAGGAUUCAGGCAGCAGAACACAAGACGCGGAAAGAUGAAAAACGUAAGGCUGAGGAAGCCCUCAGUGACCUCAGACGUCAGUAUGAAACAGAAGUAGGGGAUUUACAGGUGACAAUAAAGAAACUCAAAAAGCUAGAAGAACAGUCGAAACACAUAAGUCAAAAAGAAGAUGUGGCUGCAUUAAAAAAGCAAAUUUAUGAUUUAUCAAUGGAAAAUCAGAAAGUUAAGAAAGAUCUUUUAGAAGCACAGACAAACAUAGCCUUUCUUCAGAGUGAAUUAGAUGCUUUGAAAAGUGAUUAUGCCGAUCAGACUCUGAAUUCAGAAAGGGAUCUGGAAAUAAUCCGAGAGUACACAGAAGAUCGAAAUAGUCUUGAGAGGCAAAUUGAAAUACUCCAAACAGCUAACCGGAAGUUACAUGACAGUAAUGACGGCCUUAGGAGUGCCCUUGAAAACAGUUACAGCAAGUUCAACAGAUCUUUGCGCAUAAAUAAUAUAUCACCAGGGAAUACGAUUUCUAGAAGCAGUCCCAAAUUUGAUGGUCAUUCUCCUCAUCCUCUGGGCUAUGACAGGUCAUCCCGCUCCUCCUAUGUGGAUGAGGACUGUGACUCGUUGGCCCUCUGUGACCCUAUGCAGAGGAUGAAUUGUGAGGUGGACAGCCUUCCCGAGAGCUGCUUCGACAGCGGCUUGUCUACGCUGAGAGACUCCAACGGAUAUGACUCGGAGGUGGAAUACAAGCACCAGAGGGGACUUCAGAGGUCACACGGCACACAGGAGAGCCUUGGGGGCGAUGCUUCAGACAUAGAUGUUCCUGAUCUAAGGGAUGAAGAGACGUUUGGUGCAGAUGGUGUGGCCACCAUGUUAGACUGGAAACCCCAGGGGUCCGCUAGUGAGGGCAGCAUCGUCAGUUCUUCAAGAAAGCCCAUCUCGGCUCUGUCACCACAGACAGACAUGGUGGACGGCGACCCUAAGUCUUCCAGCUCACAGAAGGCUUACAAGAUUGUGCUCGCUGGGGAUGCUGCAGUGGGGAAGUCUAGUUUCCUCAUGAGACUCUGCAAGAAUGAAUUUCGAGGAAAUACCAGUGCCACCCUGGGAGUCGAUUUUCAGAUGAAAACUCUCAUUGUGGAUGGAGAGCGAACAGUCCUGCAGCUCUGGGACACGGCGGGUCAGGAGAGAUUCAGAAGUAUCGCCAAGUCUUACUUCAGAAGAGCAGAUGGUGUUCUGCUACUGUAUGAUGUUACGUGCGAGAAAAGCUUUCUCAAUGUACGAGAAUGGGUGGACAUGAUUGAGGAUGCAACCCAGGAGAGUAUUCCUAUCAUGUUGGUAGGAAACAAGGCUGAUCUCCGUGAUGCUGCCACAGCAGAGGAACAGAAGUGUGUCCCAGGAUACUUGGGAGAAAAACUGGCCAUGACCUAUGGGGCAUUGUUCUGUGAAACCAGUGCCAAAGACGGCUCAAAUAUAGUGGAAGCUGUUCUCCAUCUUGCUCGGGAAGUGAAAAAAAGGACUGGUGAAGAUGACAGCAAAUCCAUUACCAAUCUGACCGGGACCAGUUCCAAAAAGUCAACCCAGAUGAAGAACUGUUGCAAUAGUUAAAUCCCGAACAUCCCUGGCCUGUCAGGUCUUCAGUCCCAGAGUACUGAGUGUCUGUGACUUGUUUGCUUCUCGCAGAGGGGUGCAUCCUCCAGACACAGCCAGGUGGAAAGUUGCAGUGUGGGAAUCUGAACUGUGCUCUUAGAUCCUUCUGGAGCCCCGGCUCUUUGCUCUUUUUCAGUGAGUGAUUGAGGCCCCCUGGUUAAA